AUGGACAGAGCAAAUGACCAACAACGCCAACAAGUGUAUCGAGCAUUUACAUCUGAUUCGUUCCUUCGUCUGGCAUUAAACUAUGAGCCAGGUAUUGAAUAUUGCUCUCAUUCGAAAGUGACGAUUGGUGUUAUAGACAAGGAAAGUCCCCAUUGCCAUGUGCUUAAAUUAAAAAAUAAGCCAGUCGGGAUGUGUUGCGCGUCAAGAAAAGUGCAACUAUAA